AUAGGAUGGCCCACGUUAUCCAGAGCGAACAAGCGUCGUCCUUUGCUUUCAUCAGUUGAACUAUGUCUCUGCUUAUAUUGUUGGAGUGAUAAAGACACUGCCCAGUAACUAAGCUCAAUCAGCUCACUCUAAGCUCUGAAAGGGAAACACAAACGAUGUCUAUCUCUAUGACUAUUCGACUGCAAACGCCCACUUCCCUUAUCUCUCGCGCAAGGCCUCGACUACUCUUGCACACCCACAACUUGUUGUGCCCAAAGUCACUGCUCAGAAACAGACUUCACCACCACUCUCAUCACCAGCUUCCUACUCCUUUCAAAACCUUCAAGUGCUCCUCCCAGAGACAGUCUUCUGAUAAUCAGCCUCAAGAAUACGAAUUUGAAAGGCUUUUUUCAAACCUCAAUCAAGCCACUCUCAAGAGAGAACCUGGAAGUUUAUCCAGUGCAAUAUUCCUGGUGGCGGGUACUACGGUGGGUGCAGGGAUCCUGGCCAUUCCAGCAGUGACACAAGAUUCUGGGUUUUUGGCCUCCGCAGUUGCUUGUAUCCUUUGUUGGGUUUUCAUGGUUGCCACUGGGCUGCUCAUUGCUGAAGUAAAUGUCAACACAAUGUGUGAACUGGGUUCUGGUGGUGUUUCACUGGUAUCUAUGGCCAGGAGAACUCUUGGACCGGUUGGAGUUCAAAUUGCUUGUUGGUCAUACAUAUUUAUACAUUAUGCCCUUCUUGUUGCCUAUCUGGCUCGUUCUUCAGAUAUUUUGACAAACUAUCUUGGCCUUCCCUUAUGGGAGAGUGCAACAUUGUUCUCUUUGGUCUUUGGUGGCAUUUGCUACUUUGGAAGCCAGCGCUUUAUUGGUGCUGUUAAUGGAGUUCUUGUAUUCGGAAUCAUCGCUUCUUUCAUUGCUCUUGUGGCUGUUGCAAGUGGAGGCCUAGAGUGGGAUGCUCUUCUUAAAGCUAACUUUGAAGCUGUUCCUAUGAGUAUACCGAUAAUUGCACUAUCAUUUGUUUACCAGAAUGUUGUGCCGGUUCUCUGCACAAAUCUUGAAGGAAACAUGUCAAAAGUAAGGACUGCUAUUGUUGUAGGCACAGCAAUACCACUUGGUUUAUUUCUUGUGUGGGAUGCUGUUAUUUUAGGAUCUAUUUCAAGUCUUGGCAUGGGCUCCGAUCAGAUGGUAGAUCCAUUGCAACAGUUGCGAGCUAGUAAUAGUGGAGUUGUUGGACCAAUAAUUGAGGUGUUCUCACUUCUUGCAAUUGCAACAUCAUAUAUUGGAUUUGUUUUGGGACUUUCUGAUUUCCUGGCUGAUUUGCUGAAACUUCCGGCCGGUGAGAAUAGGCCUCAGCCCUAUCUCCUUACACUGAUUCCACCACUAGGACUUGCUUUGCUAGACCCAGAGAUAUUUUUUAAAGCCUUGGAUUUUGCUGGAACUUAUGGAGUCUUGGUAUUAUUUGGUAUACUUCCUGCAGCUAUGUCUUGGUCAGAUCGGUACUCCACUCCAUCAACAUCAGUUAAACUGCCGGAGCUCGUUCCCGGAGGAAGGCUUACCCUUACUCUGGUAAUGCUAUGUUCGGGAGGAGUCAUUGUUACUGAAAUACUCGAGAGCUUAGGCCACCAAUGAUUAUCCUAAAGUAAAUGUAGUAUCAUAUAUUUGAGGAGCAUUUCCAAAAGAGUUGCACCAAUUCAAACUUUGAUUUUGCUGUAUAUAUACAAACAUGCGCAUAUAUCCAUGGGAAGCUGAGCAAAGACAUGUAUAUUCCGAGUUCUAUAUAUCUACCUUGGCCAUCUGAAAUUAAUCAGUAACCUUUGCAGUAAGAUGAAUGAGAGGUUGCACGAGCCAAGCCACCAAUCAGUCCAAAAGUAAAUCAGCUCACCAUUGCUCCGCCCACUCUCCAUUGGUUUGCAGCCAUCAAUAUCUACUUCAACAAUGAAUGAGAAUAAAUGCUUGUGAAGGAAUAGUAAGAAAAGGCCUGAUUUGAAAUUUAUCUCAAUUAGCAGGCUUUUUCUUCCCCCCGAAAGAAGAUAUUAGUAUUCAAUAUCAAAGAAUUGUAUCCAUACAGACAUAAAACAACCUAAACGCUUUAGCCAGAACCUAUGACCAGUAACCCUGUCUAGGUUAUAACAGCAUUAGAGUGGAGCGGGCAGCAGCAAGCUAUUCAAUACUUGCACUUGUGGGCGCACUUUCUCUGUUGGAACUUCAUACUUCAUAGCAUCAGCCAACUAUUGUUUGUGGUUAUAAGAAGCAUACACAAUAUUCUAUUUCUA